CCAUAAUGCCAUUGUCGGCCGCCUUUUACGACGUUAUCCAUGAAAUGAUCGCACUAGCGUUAUUUGACUGGAUCGACAUUAACGAGGGGUUCCGUGGCAGCAAGGGCCGAGUGCCUCAUCAUCCAGAAGAAAAUACCUUGCUUGAGACUUUACCGUGACCUAUCCUAGGAAAUUUCUGGCCCGCCCAAACAGCUUAUAUUUUUUUCGAUGUGUUCUUAUUGAUGGUCAUCAAUUCAUCUAUAUGCCCUUCCCUGGCUGCUUUCUAGCUCUCUACGAGUCCUCGGCUGUCCUCUUCACUCUCUUGAGCCAAGUUCCCAGAAGAAAACUGCCAUCGUUCAAGUCCCUACCGUUUUCGAAAAUUCUAGUAACUCAAACCAAAGUCAUCCACGGGCUCGCUCCCGUCAGUAUAGUUGAUACGAUAUGGAUCGGGCCGGUAAUAGUUUGUUUCAUAGCUGGCAACUCUCUGUCUAUGGUUUUACGUCUCAAGGUGAUAAGUAACCCCUUUUCUGGCGCGUCUUAGAGAGCUGGUUACUGGCCCCAGAGCUUGCAUUAAUAGCAAUAGAGGCAGGCCGAUGUUGCGGCUUGGUUUGCCAAGCCAAGGAUAUUGUGAAGCAUAGAAGGGUCAGAUAAGGUGCCGUAGAAUACAUACAGGCUGAGUGCGUGCACUAUAUACAUCCUAAUUAGGUGAUGGUCUUUGGG